UCCGCAUUCCUCCUCAGGCCUGCACAAGCAACAAGUCCCUCUUCCUCAUCUCUUCCGCGGCUUAAAGGGCGGUCCCCAACCCAAGUCUUCCUCGCCGCCCACCGCUAGCGAUGGAGAUGAGAAAGGUUGCCUGUGCCGUCCUCGUCGCCGCGGCCUCGGCCACCGGCGCCCUGGCCGCUGAGGCCCCGGCUCCUGGCCCCGCCAGCGCGUCCUUCGCGGUCACCCCCGCCGUCGGAGCCGUCAUCGGGGCCUCCGUCCUCUCCUUCUUCGCCUUCUACUUGCAGUAGCUUCAUGAGGAGAAAGGAAGAAGGAACCCACAGUUCCGGGAACGAAUAAUUGCUUGUGAUAUUGUCUUAUUCCUAUUUGUAUUUUUCUUUCUUCCAUUCAUUCUACAUUGGUUUGGUUUGAAAGAAAGAUCCUGGUGGGAUUUGUUUGGAGUUCAUUUGUGAUUCGACAUGCAACAUCAAACAUA